GCCAUUUCCCUGGGGCGCCCUCCCAGUCUACUACUGAGACAUUUGCGGGCUCCCGGGCUAUAGUGUCUUGUCACGGCAACGCGCGUUCAAACCGCAGCCAUGUCUUCUAUAGCUGGUCUCAAUACCGUGCACGGGUUUCCGGCAUCAGCACCACCACCAACGACAGCAGACUCCGAGCCACGCCACCACCAGCGAUCCAAGUCAUCCGUCCUGCGCUCGCUCAUGGGCGGCGGUCACAAGCGGAACAAUUCAGACGGAUCGGGACUGCCACCAGCCCCUCUUCUCACGCCGCUAGCGACAACCCGAGCGUUUCACAUGUCCCAGCAGAGCCUUGCGCCUAGUCGAAGCAGCGGCGUGUUCCACGUCGGCUUCGACGCGGCAGCGGCAGCGGCCAUGGAACCUGAGCGAUACGCGUACGCCCUCAGCGAGCUGCAGCAGAACCGGCAGGAGCGGUCACCCGAGAGACCAAGGACGUGUGACCGUGGCGAUCAGGCGCCGCCGUCACCUACGAAGAGCGGGCUGGGAACCACGCUGAGGGCGUUUGGCGGGCGGGAUAGAGACUCGAGCAAACCGCCCAGGACGAGGGACAAUGGCAGCACCUCGCCAGUCAAGCCCAAGAAGGCCAAGUCAGCGACCAGCCUGGUGUCGCUCCUGCGGCCGAAGUCCAUCAAGAACUUGAAACAGUUGCUGACGGACGAGGGCGAUACUGCCCGCGAUGCUGCGAGAGAAAAAGACAAGGAAAACAGAUCGCCGCCGAAUUCGGUGGGCAGCGGAGACCACGCCAAUAUGCCUCCGCCACCGCCUCCCCCCAUCUACGCGCAGUUCGCGUCCCAGCACUUUGCACCGCCUUCCCCGAGAACAGAGUCCCUGGUUGAGACUCCCAUCCGAAGCGGGAAUCCCUGGAUGGAACGGACUGACGCCUCGGCGUCAUCUCGAACGCACAAGCCACGUCCGAAGUCGUUCCAGGCCUACGUGACCCGCCGAGAUGAUGACACGCCGCGGUCUUCUGGCUCCGGCGGCAGCAAUAGCCGUGCCAAGAGGAUGACGUGGGGGAAGAACAACACACCAUCGAUUGAAGCAUCAUCGCAGGGAUCUAGGAGCAAGUCGUCGGCGCCUGCUGCCAGGGUUGCACCAGAGAUGCCCUGCAUUGACCCCAAGGACAUCGACAAACAUCUCGAGGCCAUGCUAGACCGGCGCAACAUCCCGGAGAACCAGCGUUACAAGAUGCGGAACCUGAGCGACACCAUCAAGAUGGAGCUUAUCCGGCAGGAUUGGGCAGAGAUGCAGGCCAAGCUGGAGCGACCACCCUCGCACGACGGCAACGUCACGGCGGGAGCCAGCGGCCCUGCUCCAGGAGGGGCUGCCUCGGAUCAGCAGGGGGACAAUGACGGCACCGGGAGUCCUACCAAGAAGGACAAAAAGAAGCACGGCCGGGGUCUGAGCCUGACUCUCGUUCGCAGCGGCAACAAAUCAAACCCGCCCUCCCCCUCCAAGAAAAAGGGUGACAGCAGCCUAGGCCGGCACUUCAGGACGAAAUCAAGUGAGAGCCUGGUGAGCGAGCCGCCGUCGCCAGGGCUCCUGCCCUCCGGCUACGGUAACAGUCUCUUGGCGAAGGUGAAAGGCCAGCAGCUGCCGGGUGACUUCGUGGCAUACCUGCAGAAGGUGCAGCAGCCGGAGGUGGUCGAGGUGGGCAAGCUGCACAAGCUACGGCUGCUGCUCCGCAACGAGACGGUUGCGUGGACAGAAGAGUUUAUCCGGCAGGGCGGCAUGAAGGAGAUCGUGGAGCUGUUACACCGUAUCAUGGCAGUUGAGUGGAGGGAGGAGCACGAAGACGCGCUACUGCACGAGAACCUGCUGUGUCUCAAAGCCCUCUGCACCACCGACAUGGCUCUGCAGUACCUCCACUCGAUCCACACCACUCUGUUUCCGGCACUGCUGCACAUGAUCUUCGACCCCGAGAAGAAGGGUCCCAGCGAGUUCACGACACGCAACAUCAUCACGUCCAUCCUACUCACCUACAUCGAGGCUGCCACGUCGCAGGAGCGGGUUUCGCGCGCCCAGGCCGUGCUGGGCUACCUGCGCGACCCGGAGCCGAAGGAGGAGGAUCGGCCGGUCGACUUUGUCCUCGAGAUGCGCCGCGAGCGCCCCUACCGCGUGUGGUGCAAGGAGGUGGUCAACGUCACCAAGGAGGUGUUCUGGAUCUUCCUGCACAACCUCAACAUCGUUGCUCUGCCUGCCGCCGACAUCAAGUCUUCUUCUCCCGAGCUGCCUGGGUUAAGCAGCGCGGGGAGGUUAACAACCAGAACCCCGUCCAACCCCAACCAAAACAACAACAACAAUACCGACCUCUCACUAAGGGACAAUGGCGAUACAGAAAACCAAUACGCCUACAUGUCCCGGCACUUUCCGCAGGAACGGCCCCCCGUCCCCGCGGCGCCCUACGUCGGCGGCGUCGAGUGGGACGCCACCAACUACCUGGCCAGCCACCUGGACCUGAUGAACGCCAUCCUGGCCUGCACGGGGCCCACAGCGGCCGAGCGCAACGCGCUCCGCGCCGACCUGCGCAUCUCCGGGUGGGAGCGCUGCCUCGGCGGCAGCCUGCGCCUGUGCAAGGAAAAGUUCUACGGUGCCGUCCACGACGGCCUGCGCACCUGGGUCGCGGCCGCGCACGAGGACGGCUGGGAUGUGCGGGACGUGCGCUACGGCCCGCCGCCGGAGAGCUGCGCUGCCAAAAGCAGGAGUGCGUCGCCUGCCAAGAAGGCCGGCGGUGCGGGAGACAAGAAUAAGGAUGCCGGCCCGCCCAGGAUUGAGAUGCCCAAGCUUGACUUUGGCUUGCCGCCUGUCGUCGGGGCGGGUGGCGAUGGGGAUUUCAGGCUCUCCGGGGUGAAGAGGGCUAAUGAGCCGUGGUUGUCAUGAAAGAGGGAGGGACUGGCCGAGAUGACAAUGAGAUGCUGGAACGUGUUGGAAAGACGGAACAACCUGUACAGCCUCGCCAUCCCUCAUUCACUCACCGUAUUCCUUUGGUGAUGAGCGGGA